UCUUAUUGUCUUAAGAUGAGUGAAAUUAUAGAAUUAAAAUCAUUGAACGCCAACGGUCCGGACGAAAUUAUUUCGGAAGAAUAUCAUGAAAUUAGUCAUGAAGCGCUUUUAGAAACUGAUAAAAUGUAUCCAUUGAAAGCAACACCAAUAAACGAAUAUGAUUUCUUUACAUGUAUCGAUGUCAACAGUUCGAAGGAAGUAACUAAGAAGAAAAAAACAAAGAAAACACGGAAACCCAAAACUGUUAUGGAUAUCAUUCGUAAUGAACUGGCUGCCAAGCCUUUGUUGGUAGAAAAUAAUAUAACAAUAAUUGAUCGAAACACACAACGAACUAGUUAUCUUGAAAAGAUUCCACGUUGGGAUAGAAUAUUUCCAAAAAGAGGCCUUCGGAUACUCGACACAGAAACAGGCAUACACGGACAGCACCGAACCGAGAUAAGUCCAAUAUUCCCUUUAGUUCUGGAAAACAGACUCAAUAAGCAAUUAAACGUACCAGGUGUAGAGUACAAAGAACCAAUACUGUUCCAGGACGAUGUUACUGAGUAUACUAAAAACGAACAACAAGAAAAAAAAAUUGGGAAAUUUUUGGACCUGGAUAUUCAUAACAUAAAGUUUAAACAUCACCAUGAAUUCAAUCUUGAGGAAUUGUUAUGUGUUAAGGCAACCGAACUCUAUGACACUUAUAAGACCAUCGACAAACAAUUAGCAGAGUUGUCUAAGGUGAUAUCCGUGAACAGAAAAACUAGGAACAGUCUCAAGGAACAGUUAUUAAAAUUAAGCCCUCAUAGACAAAAUGAAGUAAAGUUCGAUAAAAACGUCCUUAAGUAUACCCAUCUAAUGAUCGAUGCAAAACAUAAGUACUGUGACGUUAUGAAGAACAAAAAAAUGGUUGUUCACCAAGUAAUAUCCUUGUGGGAGGAUAUUAAAAUGGUCAGGGAAAAAUGUGGCGUCACCACAAAUAACUUGAUGAUAGACGUUAAAAGUAAAGAGUUUGAACAAAAAGAGUACGAACAACAAUGGAUUCAUCUCUUUGAAAUUGAGUAUAAUGAUACCAUUAUAAAAAUUGAAUACGAAUAUAUUAAGAAUUAUUUAAAAUAUAAAGAAUUAAAAAAUGAGAAAAACGGCGACAACGCUCCUAAACCAAAGCUUAAAAUUGAUUAUGACGACCUUAAAGCCCAAGUUGAAGAAACAGUUAACGAAAUAAUAUCUGGAGAUAAAUAUGAUUUAUGUAUAAAAUAUAAUAGCGACGUGGGAAGGUAUAAAAAUAAAUCAGAAAAAGGUUCGGCGGACAAGAACUUCAAAUUCAAAGUGUUCGUUGACGACAUCUUAGUUUGUGAGUCAGACGAAUAUCAGAAUAGAAGAAGUCGGUUCGAUAUAGAUUUUUGUUAUUCAUUGUCUAUGGAAAUUUUACCUCAUAACCAGACAAUGAGUAUAAUUCUAUUUGAAAAUACAGAAGCUGUGUCUCAUUAUAAAUUACAAUUAUCUGAUAUAAAGACAUAUAGAGAUGAUGUAGAAUUUUUAAUAAGAGAAUUCGAGUACGAUAAGGUUAUUGAACCGACAAACAAACAUGUCGGCAGCGGGUUCGAUAUAAAAACUGUAGCCGCUAAGAAUAAAGUGAGACUUAAAUCUAGCAAUUUAUUUAAGGGCAAACAAUACACUAGAUGCCAAGUGUUUAUUAAGUUAGAAUGGAAUAAUUCUAACGAUUAUGAAUGUGUAUCGAUAAAAUCGGCUAUCGAUAUGAAACAAAUGUUAUUGAGGUUGCUUAAUGGUGAGGAACCUCGUUUAGAUUUGUUAAUCGAAGCCAUAAACGAAUUAUACGGAAGUAGAGUAGAAGAUAACGAAACUGUAACGGCCGCGCUACAAAAUAUUUGUAAACCCGUCGCUAGUAAAUGGGAACUGUUUGAUGAAAAUGAUGCUGAACAUUCUAGAUUCAGACUUCUGCAACUUAGGAAUAAAGAUGGUUUCCUCAAUAUGAAUAAUAAAUGUGUACCGUUGCUUGUUAGUCAGUUUUCCACCGAGCAAAUACAUUGUUUGCGAAAUGAUAAGGACGACGACCUCGAUUACUAUAAGUUUCAAAGCGAACCAAACAGGAAUUCGAUUGAACUUCAGAGAUUUAUGGGAGUAAAACUCGUCGAGAAACUGAAUGACCGUUUGAGAUUAGUUGUUGACAAGCUGUUGUUGAAAAAAACUUAUAAAGACGUAGUGAAAGAUUAUGGAGAUUUUAAGAUAAGGGACAUUUUGUCGAAUUCUAUAAAAUUAUCUCUGGCCGACUCGUCAACGUUUAGGAAACAGCAGGUUUUAGAAGAGUGUCUACUAGAGGAACAAGAAAUAUAUGUGACAGUUAUACGAGCUUUUAAUCUAUUGGACAGAUCGAAUGAUGACGCAGAUGGUGCUGCGGAAGACGGAAGUGACGAUGUAGCCGGUUUCAGAGUCCACCCUCUCCGCCCAUUGGUCAGGGUGAGCUACCACGGCGUAUCCGCCGAGACUAACACUGCCAUCGGAUGCUAUCCCACUUGGAACAACACCCUCAAGAUAAAGACCAGAUUAGAACCGUUGUCGUCUCUACACGUCAAUGUGUACGAUCAGUGCAAAGAUAUCUUAGAGACCGACUCGGACGACAGGUCCGGACGAACUACUGUUAAUUACAGAAAAUAUAACAAAUGGCUCGGAGGGACCAAGAUACCCUUACAUACGGUGUUGGAACUAGGACAUGUUCGAGGUACCUUCAAACUGGACGUGCCGCCGCUGGUGUUAGGAUACGAGAACGUGUCCUCGAAAUCACACCCGACCGUCAUGUCAAAACUCAUUAGUCAUAUAAAGAGGGACGCGUCAUUGUUAUCUCUCCAAAUAACGACCAGCAUUUCCUAUUUCGGAGGCCUCCAGACCUACCACCGACCGCUACCCGAUGACUCAGACCAUGACUUCAUUAUCCGGCGACUGAAUGACUUCAUAACUGAAUAUAAUGACGAUUUCCCAACAAGAAACAUAUCUCUAACAUUCAUAGAUAGCUCCAAAAGAAAUAAAUGUGUCACAGAAUUCGUCCAGCCCCUCCCACUGCCGAGCUAUGAUUAUUUUCCGUUAGAUCCUAGAAAGACAGAAUCGGCCCGGUCCAAGAGUUCGGGACAUUCCAAAAGUUCUUCUUCCAAAGGCAGCAGGAAGAAGACCUUUGAAGAAGACAAAGAAGAUUUAGAUACUUGGAAAACUGAUGAAAAUUCGAUUACUAAAAAGAUAGAAGCCGCGGUGCGAUAUGUGUCACUGAUUCCGACUUAUGAAGCAAGAAACGCUCACGUGGUCACGUUAACCGGAGAGGAACUGUUGCGGGUUGUGUACGGAUCCCAGUUAGACCACACGAUAUUACUAGCGAGCUACUUCCUCCACCUCGGCGUCCGAUGCUGGAUCGUCAUCGGUUUCGGGUUGCCGCGCGGUCGGAGCAGCUACGUCCUGGUGAAACGUCACAACGACAAGCCGUCGAUGAUCAACGAAAAUAUCAGAAAUGGUGUAUUUUUUUCUAGAAAUGAACCGUUCACUUGGUGUAUAUACGAUGCGGCGGCAGGAGAGAAAUACAUCGUGAGAGAAGUAGGCUGUCCCUUGAGGACGGUCAGCUAUGUGUUUGAUUGUGACAACAUUUGGGUGAACGUCCAGAGGUCACAGGAAUGUGAAAGCAUAUCGUUCGACUUUAAUAAGUCAUCAGACUGGCAAGCUGUGUUUAGUAAACCGAUCUUUUUACCAAACACGAUUCCCGCCAAACUCUAUAGCAAACCUUAUGAUGUAGAAGAUUUACGAUCUGCUCUGGAAACAAAAAUUAAAAAUAAAAUUCAAAAGUGGAGGUCACAUGUCAAGACUAUUUGGAACAGAUAUUGGAGUAGUUUACUUCGUGAUACACUGGUGCAGUGGGAGUAUUGGUCCUUCAAUCCUACGCAGCCUCGACCGACCCUCGGACAUCGACUUAAACAACUCAUGGCUUCUUAUAAGAUCUUCGGGUUUCCUAUAAACACAUCGUAUCUGAACACGCAUCUUCUGAUGUCUCACGUCAAGUCCACUUCGCUACACGUGAAUGAUGAUCCCAGCGUGGAGUUUGGACUGGCCGUCGAAGUAUUCGCAUAUCCUAACAACAUAUUAAGCGUCUGGGUUUUUCUAGCAAGUAUCACGAGACUUUGAUGACGGAUACUGUUUAUACAGCCGGGAUAAAUGACAUUUGUUCUUGUAAUACAAUACGUCAUUCACAAGACAAUGUGACAUCGAAAUAACCGGCAAAUUGAAAUGUCAUUCAGCAUAACCGACAUUUUUUUU